GAGGAGGAGGGCGAGAGUUCGAAACCGUCGACUCGAAGAGUUUGCGUCGCGUAUUCCUUCCCGAUCUUCCUGCACGUUUCGAUCGCGCGCCCGAAACCAUCAGCCGCCCGCUCCAGUCGAACACGCACCGAAACGUCGGCACGACGCGAACCCGACUGAACGUGUCGAGAGCCGCAUUUUGCGCCGCUCGCUCGAACCCGUGCGCGUUUCAACCCGUUUCCUGAGGCGUCGUUGCGCGUCGCUUGGUGGGUGCCGCCGCGCGUUCUGUGCCUUUCGACGUGUUGUGACACGUUGCUGGAUUAUUCUGGAUUCGAGUCUACGUCGUCGUCCCCAAACAGCCACAACGCUGGAACAUUUAAAGCCGAUUGUGGCUUCGAUCACGACUCUCAUCGGGAAUUGUGAUAGCAUGGAAGCCACCUACUGCGUCGGUAGUGAUAUUGACGUUUGCAGGAUGUUCGACCAGUACUUAUACAAGAGGGCAGAGAACGUGGAUCUUUCGCUCAGCAUUCCACAGUCCAACUUCCAAAGCAACGGCUACGAAAUGGGCGAUCAGACUUUUCACGCCCCCAGUUUUGGAGACGAAGAAUUUGACAUUCCGAACAUCAGCCAUCAGCAGCAGCAGCAGCAGCAGCAGCAACAACAGCAACAGCAGCAGCAACAGCACACGUCCCAAGGUCACAAUGAGCCGCAACAGCAACACUACCCGCCACCUAUGCAGGGCAUGCAGCAAAUGAAUCAACAGAUGAACCAGCAGCAGGACGCAAUGGGGCUGCAUGAUCCAACGGGGGGCUACCAACAGCCCCUUUAUUUGUCGGGGCCCGAGCACGGAAUGGUGGGGCAACAAUAUCACAGUCCGCAGCCCAACUAUUCGAUGUCGCCCAGUCAGCAGCAACAGCAUAACAACCAACUGUUGAUGAUCCAUCAGCAGCAGCAGCAGCAGCAGCAGCAGCAGCAGCAGCAGCAGCAACAGCAGCAACAUCAGCAGAUGAUGAUGAGUCAUGGGCAGCCGCCCCCUGGCGCGAUGGGGGCGUAUGCGGCGUCGCCGCAGCAUCCGCAGGGGCGGGGCAACAGUCCGCCCGCCCCCGGCCAGGAGCACACAACCAGUGACGAUAGUGACGACAGCACGCCCCACCCUGCCAUGAUCACGGCCAUGAAAAAGCCGAGUCCAGAGCCUGCCGAUCCCGCGCUGACGAAGGCCCAGAAGAAGCCGAAGGUGCAGAAGAAGAAAAAGAAGAGAGACCCGAACGAGCCCCAAAA